GAGUUACUCUGAACCAGAGGAGACCGGCCUCGCCUCUGACUGCUGACCCAACGCCGAGCCAAGGGUUUGACGGCGUAGCGGUGAACCGUAGUUCUCGUCCCUGCUGGUCGGGGUACGAGUAGGGAGCUGGUCUCACCUAAAUGUGUCUGGGACACACCAGUAUAUUUAUUUUUAUAUACAGACCCAGGCGAGCCUGAUGGAAGUGUCUGGAGUCCACAGGACCAAGCGGGGGCCGGCAAUGCGGCCCGAGGGCUACGUGAAGGAGUUCACCCGCCACUCCAACGACGUGCUUCAGAACCUGAACGAACUCCGGCACCGAGGCAUCCUGACCGACACCACCCUGGUGGUGGGCAGCGUGCAGCUGCAGGCGCACUGUGCCGUGCUCGUGGCCUGCAGUGGCUUCUUCUACUCCCUGUAUUCCCGCCGGGUGUUACUUCAGGGCAACGGGGAGCAGCUAUCCACCAUCUCUCUCCCCAACACGUUGGAUCCGUCCUGCGUCUCCCUGCUGCUCGACUUCAUGUACACCUCCCGCCUCCCUCUGACCCCCAGCAUCGUCUCCGGAGUGCUGGCCGUGGCUGCCUACCUGCAGAUGGACCACGUGGCCGACACAUGCCGGGACUUCAUGCAGCUGCACUGCACGAGUGCCAGAUAUCCCCAGUUAGAGCUGGACUCCAGGGUAUCUGUAGCCUCUGUCGCCCCAAAAGGAGGGGACCUGCCUGAUCUGAGACCCCGGGGAUCAGUCCCAGCAGCAGGAGAAACAAGGUUCCCCAUUGUCCUCGAGAACUCCCUCAAGCCAGGGGGUUUCCCGACCCGCUGGCCCAGGUCAGGAGAGCUGAAAGAAGAUCCGCUCCCGAGCAGCCCAACCUCGUCCCCGAGCAGCCCCGACCGCUCCAGCUGCCACCCGAACUCUCCCGCUGAGUCCAACACCUGCAGCAAAAACCUGGUGAGUGAAACCAAAGCAACACCUGACCCAAAGGCAUGCAACUGGAAGAAGUACAAGUAUAUAGUUCUGAAUCCCCUCUGCGCCGCUGCUACAGUCAAGGUAGAGGAGGAGGAGCUUCAGGAGGACAACAGGAUGAAUUUGACCCCGAAAGCUCCGAGAGAGGCGUGGUCUGGAGAAGUGCCCGGUCAGAUUGAUAGACAGGGGCAGGCCUCCUGUUACGAGGGUUCUGGCCGAGCCCCUCCCCUCGGGCCACCUCCCUCUGUGGACCAUCCAACGAUGCCUCCCUCUUACAGCGAAGGAACYGUUUCACCUGGCAACAUUUUCCCCAAACUGUCCGAAGAAACGGCCCAUCUUAACUUACCUCCGAUCAAACGUGAGAGCCCCUAUACGCCCUAUUGUUUUUCUGCCACUCUCCAAGCUACCAAAUCUGUGUGCUCAGGAGACAAGCCGUAUCGCUGCAACGUGUGCGGAGCCCAGUUCAACCGACCGGCCAACCUGAAAACUCACACCAGGAUUCAUUCAGGAGAGAAACCGUACCGCUGCGACACCUGUGGGGCAAGAUUUGUCCAGGUGGCCCACCUCAGGGCCCACGUCUUGAUUCACACCGGUGAGAAGCCCUACCCCUGUCACACCUGCGGCACCCGCUUCCGCCACCUGCAGACCCUGAAGAGCCACCUGCGCAUCCACACAGGCGAGAAGCCGUACUCUUGCGAAAAGUGCGACCUUCACUUCCGACACAAGAGCCAGCUGCGUCUUCACCUGCGCCAGAAGCACGGCGCCGUCACCAACACCAAGAUCCGCUACAAAGUGCUGACUGAGCCCUUCCAGCCUCUUCUGCAGGCCUGCUGAGGAGGACAUCAAAUUUACUUUAUCUCAACAGCGUUUAGGCUACUCACAAUAACACCUGGGCGUCAGACAAAAGAGAUUAAACUGUAAUGUUUAGAGAAAAAGAGAGAUUUUUAGCAUAUAGUUGGAUGAGGUUUGGAUUGAGCCAAACUAGUACUUUAGAGGAAACCAGGUGGGUUUUCUGAGAAAGAGAUGUUGAAAGUGGGAUGAAACAAGUUGUUUUGAAGGUUUGUGAGGAUUAAAGAGGGGAGCAGAGCACGGAGUGUGACUUUUUACAGGAAGAACGAGCGUAUGAGCAAUAAAAGGAGGGAUAGAGGAAAGUUUGUAACAUUUGUAAGGAUUAAACCUGUAACUCUAGCAGAGCACUUCAUUGGUUUUUCCUCAAAAAUGUGUAUUUAACUCAGAUUUGUCAUUAAUCUUAUGGCCUGGGGCCGCUGUGAUUUUUUUUUAAAAAAAAGAAUGUAUCUAUGCAGUAAAACCUGAUUUAUAGAUUUAUAAACUGAAUAUGUUGAUGAAAGCAUUUAAAUAAGACAAAUGAAAGCAAUUGAAUUGUUAUUGAUAAUAUUAAGUUCAUUUGCGGGACAAAUUUAAAUUAAAUCCUUUUUAUAUCA